AGCAGCCACUCUGUGCGCAUGCGCCUUUGCAGAGGGGAGGGCAAGGACUCCACUGCACAUGCCCAGGCGGGGAGCCGAGAGGAGGCGGAGUCACUGCGCAGGCGCCGGCGGGGUGGUGCGGCUCGGGGCUGCAGGGCAGCGAGCUGGUGGCCGGGGGAGCAGGCUGGUGGAGAAAAUGCCGACCGAGCUGGAGCCUGUGGCAGCCGCGCGCCGUCCCUUCGCAGCCCAGGUGCAGCCGGAGGAGCAGGAGCCAGCAAGUCUCCAGGCUGGAGCAGACCGGGCGGGAAAAGUGACCUGGUGUCAUCCAGGCUGGGACACGCGGGGCCUCCCUACGAUCACAGCGAGUGUGAAGGUUGAGGAGAUCUCCCCAGACAAGAUGCAGCCCACGGUGUCAUUGCAGGAACCUGGCGAUUGCUGGCUGGAGCAGCCCAAGGCCCAUUGUACAGACAGGCAUCGGGAGGAGGCAGGACUGGGGGAAACCACAGGACCUCAGGACAAGACCCCUCAUGUCCCCAAAGAGCAGCCCUCGCCCGACCAGAAGUCAGAUUCUCCUAAAACAGAGGAGACCUGGGACUGGGCACCAGACGAGAGCUGCUCAGGUUCCUACCCUGGACAAAGUCCUUCCCCAGGAGCAGGGACCUUUAGCAGAGCUGAUGAACAGCCUCCUGAGGAGGUGCCCGUAUUCCUGGAGCUACAGAGGACUUGCCCGGGGAGAAUGGGAGAGAUGGAUUCCCUGAUACCUCAACCAGGCCAGCUGGGGAAGGGGCAGGGCAUGCCUCCAAAGCAGCUCUGGGACGCCUUUGAGGACGUGGCUCUUCAUUUCACGCGGAAGGAGUGGGCGCUGCUGGACGAUGGAGACAAGGGGCUUUACCGGGAUCAGAUGCUGAGGAAUUACCAAGCCCUCGUUUCCCUGGGAUAUCGAGGUCCCACACCUGACUUAAUCUGCCGCAUCCAGCGAGGAGAGGUGGAGCUCUGGGCAUGCGAUGAUGAGGACCGUGGGGAAAUCUCAGAGUCGGAGGAGCUGCUGCCAGGAGGUGCCUGUGUGCCCAGCAGAGCUGACGAGCAAGGUCCUGAGGAAGGACCAGCAAACCUGGAGCCACGACAGGCUUCCCCAGGCUGUUUGGGUGAACUGGACUUGCUCAGACCUGAGCAGGACCAAUGGCCCAGGAGUCAGGGGAGGCCCCAGAAGCAGAAGGAGGAUGUAGCACUGAAUCAGGUACCGUCUCCAGUGGGGCAGGAGAGUGGAGAUGGGACAGAAGACAGAAAGGGUCCUGUGUUCAGGGAACAAUUUGUGGAGCUGAGAGAUCUGAAGAACCACAAGGCAAAGUUGGAGUGGAGAGAGAGCCUGUGUCCAAACCAAGCCAGUGGUGAGGGCCUGAGAAGGAAGCCGGAGCUCACCACCAAGCCCAGGGGGAGAGCCCGGCCCUGCCCUGAGUGCAGGAAAAGCUUUAUCUGCCCUUCACUCCUAGCUCUGCAUAAGAUAAGGCAUGCUGGGGUGAAGCCCUACGUAUGCUCCAGGUCUGGGAAGAGCUUCGCCUGCCUCCUGACCCUGGCUGCUCACCGCAAGAUCCACUCUAAAGUGCUCCCCCACCGCCUCACCAAAGGUGCGAAGAGCUUCGUGUUCCCCUCGGACCUGCUCCAGAACCAGCGCAGGCGCAGGGAGAAGCGUCGGUACUGCUGUGUCACGUGCGGGAAGACCUUCGCCCGCUUCUCCUUCCUGGCGCAGCACCGGAGCUCCCACCUGGGGAGGAAGAUGCACCGCUGCACCGAGUGCAGGAAGACCUUCGUGUGCUGGCGAGGCCUGUCCGUGCACCAGUGCGCGCAGAGCAGGGAGCAGCUACACCACUGCACCGCAUGUGGGAAGGGCUUCAGGCAGCCCUCCAGCCUGGCCAGGCACAUGCUCGUGCAUACAAGGGAGAAACCAUAUCAUCUCUCUGCAUGUGGUAAGGGCUUUACCGUCCUGGCCAAACCCCAGCGCGUCCACACCGGGGAGAAGCCACAUCAGUGCUCGGAGUGUGGGGAGAGCUUCACCUGCGCUUCCCGCCUGGCGCAGCACCAGCUCGUUCACACCGUGGAGAGGCCACAUCAGUGCUCUGUGUGUGGGAAGAGCUUCUCCCAGUCUUACUACUUGGUCCGGCACCGGCACAUCCAUGUAGGGGACAAGCCGUAUCAGUGUCCGGAUUGUGGGAAAAGGUUCACGCGGUCCUCGCACCUGACCGAGCACAAACGCAUCCACACGGGAGAGAAGCCGUACCAGUGCGCGCAGUGCGGGAAGAGCUUUAUGUGGUCCACCAGCCUGGCCCAGCACCAGCGCAUCCACACCGGGGAAAAGCCGCAUCAGUGCUCGGUGUGCGGGAAGAGCUUCACCCAGUCUUCGAACCUGGCCCAGCACCAGCGCAUCCACACUGGGGAGAAGCCGUAUCAGUGCACUCGGUGUGGGAAAAGCUUUGCCCGCUCUUCCUACCUGGCCCAGCACCAGCUCAUCCACAUGAUGGAGAGGAGACAUCCGUGCUCUGUGUGUGGGAAGAGCUUCACCAAAUCCUCCCACCUGGCCCGGCACCAGCGCAUCCACAUAUGGGAGAAAUCGCAUCAGUGCUCGGAGUGUGGGAAAAGCUUCACCCGCCCGUCCCACCUGGCAAAGCACCAGCUCAUCCACACCGGGGAGAGGCCACAUCACUGCUCUGAAUGUGGGAAGAGCUUCACCCAGUCCUCCACUCUGGGCCGGCACCAGCUCAUCCACACUGGGGAGAAGCCGCAUCAGUGCCCCGUGUGUGGGAAGAGCUUCACCAACUCCUUCAACCUGGUCCAGCACCAGCGCAUCCACACCGGGGAGAAGCCGCACCAGUGCUUGGUGUGUGGGAAGAGCUUUACCCAGUCCUCCACCCUGGUUCGGCACCAGCGCAUCCACACCGGGGAGAAGCCGUAUCAGUGCUCGGUGUGUGGGAAGGGCUUCACCUGCUCUUCCCAACUGGCCCAGCACCAGGUCAUCCACACAGGAGAGAGGCCGCACCAGUGCUCUGUGUGCGGGAAGAGCUUCACCCAGUCCUCCAGCCUGGCCCAGCACCAGCGCAUCCACACCGGGGAGAAGCCACAUCAGUGCUCUGAGUGCGGAAAGAGCUUCACCUGCUCCUCCAGCCUGGUCCAGCACCAGCGCGUGCACACGGGGGAGAAACCAUAUCACUGCUCUGAGUGCGGGAAAAGCUUUAUCAACUCCUCCAACCUGGCUGAGCACCAGCGCAUCCACACCAGGGAGAAGCCGCAUCGGUGCUCUGAGUGCGGGAAAAGCUUCGCCUACUCCUCCAACCUGACCCAGCACCAGCGCAUCCACACGGGAGAGAGGCCGCAUCAGUGCCCCGAAUGUGGGAAGAGCUUCGCCCAGUCCUCCAGCCUGGCCCAGCACCAGCGCAUCCACACCGGGGAGAAGCCGUAUCAGUGCUCUGUGUGUGGGAAAAGCUUUACCCGGUCCUCCCACCUGUCCCAGCACCAGCGAAUCCACCCAGGGGAGAAACCCCAUCACUGCGGGGAGUGCGGCAAGACCUUCAGCCGGCGCUCCAACCUGGCCAAGCACCGCAUCAUCCACACGGGCGAGAAGCCCUUCGCCUGCGGGGCCUGCGGGCGCGCCUUCAACCAGAGCUCGGCGCUGGCCAAGCACCGGCGCACGCACACGGGCGAGCGGCCCUACGUGUGCGGGGACUGCGGGCGGGCCUUCACGGCCUCCUCCAACCUCCUCCAGCACCGGCGCUACCACACGGGCGAGCGCCCCUACCAGUGCCCCGACUGCGGGCGCCGCUUCUCGCAGAGCUCCAACUACAACCUGCACCGGCGCACGCACACCGGCGCCACCCCCUACGCCUGCCCGGACUGCGGGAAGCGCUUCGCCGGCAGCUCCUGCCUGGCCCGGCACCGCCGCACCCACACCGGGGAGAAGCCCUACCAGUGCCCCGAGUGCGGGAAGCGCUUCUCGGGCAGCUCCACCCUGGUCAACCACCGGCGCACGCACACCGGGGAGAAGCCGUACGGCUGCGGGCACUGCGGGAAGGCCUUCACCCACCACUCCAACCUGGUGGACCACUGGCGCGUGCACACCGGGGAGAAGCCCUACGCCUGCGGGCAGUGCGGCAAGAGCUUCCGCCUCAGCUCCCACAUCAUCCGCCACCGCCGCACCCACGCCGGCCCCCAGCCCGCGCCUGCCAGCGUGUCCGGUGCUGCCGCCGAGGCCCCCGACCGCCUGUACAUCUGCAGCCAGUGCGGCAAGGCCUUCCAGCCGCGGCCCCCCGCCCAGGGACCCUUCCGGUGUCCGGAGUGCGGCAGCAGCUGCUGGACGUAGGGGAUGCUCCGGCCCCCCGAAGACGCCCGGGGAAGGGGGAUCUGUUGGGCCUGGGAUCUGGUGGGGUAAUGGCUGCGGUGGUAGGGCCAGUGUGGGGUGGGGGUCUCCAUGGGAGCAUCCUACUUUUGGGGGUGUGAAGUGACGUCCCUACUGCAGAGACACUGCUGCUGACCACAGGCAGGCACAGACGGGCCUACACACACGGACACACGUGCAGGCAGACAUAGACUUGGACACAGGCAUGGACAGAUGUGGACGGAGGCAUGGAUGGAUAUACACCGGCACAGACACACACAGACAUGCACGCGCGCGCACACACACACACACAGGCAUACCCCCCCCAAUGUCUCCAGGCCUGGUCAGGACAUGGACCCCCCCACCGUGAGAGGGGCUGUGUGGGACACCCCCACUAGAAAGAAGGGGGCAGGUAGGGGAAGGGUCUCCCUUCCCCCCUCCUCCAGGGGCCGCAGCCUGGGGGGGCGAGGGAGGAGCCGUUUUGGGGUCCCCCAAUAGCACGGCAUGUGGGUGCUUGCUCCAUGCAGGGGGACCCCCCUCCACCCUGCAGGUGGGCCAGUUGCCCCUGCUGGGGGCAGGUGUGGGGGUCCAGCUGCCUCCGUGGUGCUGGAGGCAUGGGGCGGGGGGAAGGACGGACGUUUUGGGGACUAUAUGAUUGUUUUUCCCCCUUUCCCUUGGAGUGGAUAAUAAUACAGCCGUGUGGCCAGGC